AGGUGCCCGAGCGCGGCGACCCCGGGCCGCAGCGCCGCCCCGCGCUUCUCCCGCCGCGGCCUUUCGGGAGUCCUGGGGUGCAGGGACUUGCCCCGCACCCUCGCCCGUCUGCCAACGGCGCCGGGGGGGGAGCGAGCGUGAGAAAGCGAGCGUGUACGGAGAGCGAGCGGCGGCCCGGGGUGUGGGCCCCGGCGUCCGCGAGCCCGGACCCCCGGCCGGCCCCGCCGCCUCCGCGCCGCGGAGGGCGGGGGCCGCGAGCAGCCAGGCGCGGCCGGCGGGCGCCGGGGGUUGACGGGACGCGCGCUCCGGGCCGGCGCCCGUUCGAGCCCGCGCCCCCCCCCCCCCCCGCGUGCCCGCGCCGCUGCGCGAUGCAGUGUGGGGAAUGGCUGGGGUUGGCUGAAGAGCGCACAGUGGAGUUUUAAUGUCCGCCAUGUUGGCCAUGGCGUAUUGAAGAGAGCGAGCGAGAGAGGCGCGGAGCGGCACAGCCUCCCACCCUCCCGGCUGCUGUUAGGGCCCGGACGGCGAGCUCUGCGCUCCGCCCCUCAAGUCCCCGGCAGCGGCAGACGAGUGGGGACCGAUCCCCCGGUUCUCCAUGAUCCCGCUGGCCGGGGCCGUUUCCCCAGAGCAGAGCGGUAUCUGCUGCGCCUGAGAUGAGUAAACUGUCGUUUCGGGCGCGGGCGCUAGACGCCUCGAAGCCGCUGCCGGUUUUCCGCUGUGAGGAUCUGCCCGACCUGCACGAAUACGCCUCGAUAAACCGAGCCGUGCCGCAGAUGCCCACCGGAAUGGAGAAGGAAGAGGAGUCGGAACACCAUCUUCAGCGGGCUAUUUCAGCACAACAAGUGUAUGGCGAGAAGAGGGAUAAUAUGGUUAUACCUGUCCCAGAGGCAGAAAGUAAUAUUGCUUACUAUGAGUCUAUAUAUCCGGGGGAAUUUAAGAUGCCAAAGCAGCUCAUUCACAUACAGCCUUUUAGUUUGGAUGCUGAACAGCCUGACUAUGAUUUGGAUUCUGAAGAUGAAGUAUUCGUGAAUAAACUGAAAAAGAAAAUGGACAUCUGCCCAUUGCAGUUUGAGGAGAUGAUUGACCGUCUAGAAAAAGGGAGUGGUCAGCAGCCAGUCAGUCUGCAGGAAGCCAAAUUACUGCUAAAAGAAGAUGAUGAAUUAAUUAGAGAAGUUUAUGAAUACUGGAUUAAAAAGAGAAAAAACUGUCGAGGGCCAUCUCUUAUCCCAUCAGUAAAACAAGAAAAGCGAGAUGGUUCUAGCACAAAUGAUCCUUAUGUGGCUUUUAGAAGACGAACUGAAAAAAUGCAGACUCGAAAAAAUCGCAAAAACGAUGAAGCCUCUUACGAAAAAAUGCUUAAGCUGCGUCGAGAUUUAAGCCGGGCUGUUACUAUACUAGAGAUGAUAAAAAGAAGAGAAAAGAGUAAAAGGGAGCUAUUGCACUUAACACUGGAAAUUAUGGAAAAGAGGUAUAAUUUGGGUGACUACAAUGGAGAGAUUAUGUCUGAGGUUAUGGCACAGAGACAGCCAGUGAAACCUACUUAUGCCAUCCCCAUCAUCCCUAUUACUAAUAGCAGUCAAUUUAAACACCAAGAAGCAGUGGAUGUGAAGGAGUUUAAAGUUAAUAAGCAAGAUAAAGCCGAUCUUAUCCGACCUAAACGUAAAUAUGAAAAGAAGCCCAAAGUCUUACCAUCAUCUGCUGCUGCUGCUCCUCAACAGACGAGUCCUGCUGCACUGCCAGUCUUUAACGCUAAAGAUUUAAAUCAGUAUGACUUCCCCAGCUCCGAUGAAGAACCUCUUUCCCAGGUUUUGUCUGGUUCUUCGGAAGCUGAGGAAGAGAAUGAUCCUGAUGGUCCGUUUGCUUUCCAUAGGAAAGCAGGCUGUCAGUACUAUGCUCCUCACUUAGACCAGACUGGCAACUGGCCUUGGACUAGUCCUAAGGACGGAGGAUUAGGAGAUGUGCGAUACAGAUACUGCUUAACUACCCUCACCGUACCCCAAAGGUGUAUUGGAUUUGCACGAAGACGGGUUGGGCGCGGUGGAAGGGUCUUACUGGACAGAGCUCACUCAGACUAUGACAGUAUGUUUCGCCAUCUGGAUUUGGAAAUGCUUUCCUCACCACAACAUUCUCCAGUCAAUCAGUCUGCCAUUACCUCAGAAACAAAUACCUCGGACAAAUCUUUCUCUAAAGACCUCAGUCAGAUACUAGUCAAUAUCAAGUCAUGUAGAUGGCGGCAUUUUAGGCCUCGGACACCAUUCCUGCAUGACAGUGACAAUGAUGAACUCUCCUGUAGAAAAUUAUAUAGGAGUAUAACUCGAACAGGAACAGCACAACCUGGGACCCAGACAUGCAGUACCUCUACACAAAGUAAAAGUAGCAGUGGUUCAGCACACUUUGCAUUUACAGCCGAACAAUACCAGCAACAUCAACAGCAACUGGCACUAAUGCAGAAACAGCAGCUUGCACAAAUUCAGCAACAGCAAGCAAAUAGUAAUUCCUCCACCAACACUUCACAGAACCUUGCAUCUAACCAGCAGAAAAGUGGCUUUCACCUGAAUCUACAUCAUAGCCAUUCUAUACAGGGUUUAGAAAGAACAUUACAGGGUUUUGUUUCCAAGACUUUGGAUUCUGCUAGUGCUCAAUUUGCUGCUUCUGCUUUGGUGACAUCGGAACAACUGAUGGGAUUUAAGAUGAAGGAUGAUGUGGUGCUUGGGAUUGGGGUGAAUGGUGUCCUUCCAGCCUCAGGAGUAUACAAGGGCUUACACCUCAGUAGUACUACACCAACAGCACCAGUACAUAUAAGUUCGUCAGCAGCAGGUUCAACUUUGUUACAGCCUUCAAACAUUACACAGACUUCAAGUUCCCACAGUGCACUGAGUCAUCCAGUAACUGCUGCCAAUUCUGCAACAACUCAGGUUCUGAUUGGGAACAACAUUCGAUUAACUGUACCUUCAUCAGUUGCCACUGUAAACUCUAUUGCCCCCAUAAAUGCACGACACAUACCUAGGACUUUAAGUGCUGUUCCAUCGUCUGCCUUAAAGCUGGCUGCCGCAGCAAACUGUCAAGUUUCCAAGGUCCCAUCUUCAUCCUCUGUAGAUUCAGCCCCAAGGGAAAAUCAUGAAUCAGAAAAGCCAGCGCUAAACAGCAUAGCAGACAAUACAGUAGCGAUGGAGGUGACGUAGCUUUCUCAGGAGUGGGACUGCAACCUGGGGACUUGAUUAGGUGCUAUGCAUCAGUAGCAUUUUGAAUGCAGGGGAUGAUGGAAUGCCACACAUGCAUUUCUGUGGCAGCUGUGGGGACUUUACAGCAAUGCUCAUCUCUCAUGCUUCAAUUUUUCUUUCCUUACUGUUAAUAGGAAAAAUCAACAUCUGUAAAUUAAGAAUACAGCAAUUAUCUGUACAGUACUGCAUAUUUGUAAUACCCUUGUAUAUAUGUUACUUGAAUACAGAAAUGUUCAUUUGUGAUGCUUUGCACUU